CCCACUGGAAUAUUAGGCAUCAAUUUCUUGCAGCUUUAUGAAUUGAUUGUCGAUUCACGUAGACUGCAAUUGAUUAACCCGACUUCAAAUAUCAAAUUCACGGGUCUCAAAGCCUGCAAAGACGUUUACCGAAUCACGGGUUCAAUGCCUGAUAUUUCUGCACAUUUCCAACCAUUGGUUGCCUGGUUGCCCAGGUUGACUAAACCCAUCGAGGAUUUGACACUAACGACUGAUCGUAGUGCACACUACUUAGUCACCAACGGUCCACCUGUCACGUCGUGCGGACCAACGCGCCUUUCCAGACCUACUUCCCUUGCGCAUAACAAAUUUGGCGAUGGGGAUGGGAUCGAAAAGUCCAGUUCCGGUUCAGAGCAGUCGGAGAUCGAAGAACUCACCCAGGAUGUUCACACUCGAUUGACAUAUUUCCCCGUUCCGAGUGGCAGCUUACCACGCUUGGAACCCCCACCAGUGUUUGAUGUAGGAGCAAACCUGCGGCGUUUCCGCCGGAAGAUGUGUCGCUACUUGUCUUCACUAUCGGGACGAGAGCAUUCGGUCUUUGUUUUGGACAGAAUCAGCGAAAGACUGCAAGACAUUCUGGAGGAGGAAGGUAUUGACGACAAAUCGCCAGUGGAAGAUAUCUGGAAAGCCCUCGAAACCUUCUCAGAGGAGCCAACCAAUGCCGGCGUACACAAACACACCUUUUGGUGGAGGGUCCAGAUGGAAAAUGAAACGGUUGGAGAGUACGCCGCCGUCAUCAGGGGGCUAGUCCACAAAGCCUUUGGCUCCAGAUCGCGGGAGUCGCGCGAGGUGCUGGCCAUGGAGCGGUUACAGGACGGGUUGCGGAGUGAGGCUGCCUGA